GUGCAAUAUACGGAUCCAGCUUUGGGAAGAGAACUCCUCUUUCCUUAUCCACCGCAAACACCUGCUGUUGUAGCAAAGGGAGGCCUCUUUAAUACACCAUCAGCAUCAGCUAAACACAGCUAAUGAAAAGAUGCAACGCCAGGACCGGACUCCCGCGCCAGCAGCGGCUCCCAGCCAUAUGUCGCCACAUGUUCCCUGCUUUAACCGCGAUUACCACCGGAGCAGCUGGGCGGGUCGGAGCUCCCCGAGCUCCACAGGUCCCGGCGGCGGGGCCCGGCCGGGGGAGGCUCCCGGGGGGUUCCGGCCCGCUGCCGCUUACCGAUGCUCCGCACGUAGCGUUUUGCGGGAACUUUCUUCGCUUCAAGCCGAGGCGGGGGGGCUGGAGAGGAGCGCGGCGAUGGAAGGGGGCGGGCAGGGAGAGGGAGGAGAAGAAGGAAGCGGCUGCAGCGUGCAAUUCGUAAUUAGGGCGCUUUGAGCAUCUCCCGGCGGGGGAGCAGCGCCGGGCGGCGAGGGGAGCUCGGGCGAGCCGCCCCGGCCGCCCCGGGCCCCGCUGCACGCCCCCCCGGGGCCGGAGCUGGAGCCGUGCGAGCCGUCGGGGCUGCGGCAGCCCGGGCUCCCCAGGGCCGCCGGGAGCUCCGCGAUCCGCCACCAUGGGCAGCGCGGCCGCGGAGGAGCCGGGUUUGCUGUCACUCAGAAACAGAAACCUGGAACUGAAGCUAUUUGAAGAGCCUUCAGAAUGACCAGAUUCAUGAAUCAGCAGCUGGGCUUGCAGCACAUCCAAGGGGAGAACAGAUGGCAACUGAUUUAGUCCAUUUUGUUACACACUGUAGUUUAUGAAGUGAGUUUUCAGGGACCUGAGGCUUAAACAUGCCAAGGGGAUGAAUGUUUCCAGUUUGAGCAGCUAUUUAAGGCAAAGAAGCAAUAGAGGUGAAAAUCCCACAGAAUCACCAGGAUGUGAUGGCCAAUGAUGAGCAGUAAUUACUGCAGCAACACUUCAACCAGCAUGAGUGUCAACGAAAUGUCUGCCUUCCCUCUGACUUUAGAGCAAAAAACUGGUUUUGCUUUUGUGGGAAUUUUGUGUGUUUUCUUGGGACUCCUAAUUAUCAGAUGCUUCAAAAUCUUGCUGGACCCCUACAGUAGUAUGCCUUCUUCUACGUGGGAAGAUGAAGUUGAGGGGUUGGAUAAAGGGACAUUUGAAUACGCUCUUGCAUGAAAACUCAUAGAAUAUCCUGCCUUAAAUUUGAUGACGAUUUCAUUUUGGAAACCAACUGUUAGUACAUUUGUUAUACAUACAUACAUUUUGAAGGUAUGUUGGUAGCAUCCAUUUUUGUUAAAUAAAUAUUUGUUGCAAAC